AUGAGGAAAGAACAAGGUCAAACUGGGUUCGCUAGGCGGACAAUUGUGCCAGUGGUAUCAGUGGUUUCGUUUCUCAGUUGUUGUGUAGUGUUGCUAGUAAUACAAGUCACUGCGAAGUUGAGAUUUAGUCAAAAUAAGACCAGACUAACACAUGUUUAUAAUUACACAAAGAAACAGUUUAUUGUAUUACUUACAUCCAUAUUGAGGAUUGUUGCACCCUGUGAGAUACGUGUUACUACUGAUAAUGGCUCUAUUCCCAAGGGUACAUUCUACCAAGAUAGUUCUUCUGGGCGAUUAAGAGCCAAUUUGUUGGAAAGAUCCAUAACUAUUUCAAAUCAUCAAAUAUACACUGAUUGGGUGUUCCUAUGGUGGUUAGCCUAUGCAGGUGACAAGGCUGGUAAUGUCUUUAUUAUGCUUAAGAAGUCCUUGAGAAAGAUCCCUGUCUUGGGAUAUGGUAUGGAAAAUUUCAACUUUAUUUUCAUGAAUAGGAAAUGGGCGUACGACAGAGUAAAUAUGAGUAAUCAUUUAAGCGCAAUUGAGGCUGAUUCAUUGGGAUGUGGACCUAUAUCGGGUAACAAACCUGUUAAGGUUAAUUCUGAUGGUGAGGAGGUUUGGGACAUGAAAUCUUCUGCCCAAAGAAAUAUUAAAUGGCCUUAUAAUUUGAUUUUAUUCCCAGAAGGGACCAAUUUGAGUGCACAUACCAGAAAAGUGAAUGAAGCUUAUGCGGAAAAAAUUGGAAGAGUCCCAUAUCGCCAUGUAUUGUUACCAAGGGCCACUGGUCUAAGAUUUUGUUUGCAAAAAUUAAGAAAUAGUGUGGAUGUAGUUUAUGAUACUACAAUUGGUUACUCUGGUAUAUUAUCUACUGAAUAUGGACAAGAUGCUUACUCUUUGAAAAAUAUAUUUUUUAGAGGAAAAUACCCAAAGUUGGUUGAUAUCCAUGUUAGAUCAUUCAAAUUAUCUGAUAUUCCAAUUGAUGAUGAAAUUGAUUUUAUUGAAUGGUUGUUUAAAGUAUGGGAGGAGAAGGACAAGAUGAUGGAAUACUUCUAUGAACAUGGUACUUUUGAAAACAUGACAGAUAAUCAAGAAUCUGUAUUGGUAGAUUGUAGUAUUAAGAAUUAUGAAUUUUUCCCUGUAUUUAUAAUUCCUUUCUGCUUUGUAUUAUUGACGUACUGGAUAGUCAGAUCUAUUUUUUAG